GAGGUCUGCAGUUUUACAUUUCACUGGGCGUAUGGUUAUCGUCGGUUCUGCUCUCACAAUCCAUUAUUAAACGAUUCAGUCGUUGUACAUCCGUUCAUCGUUCACAGUGUAGAUAUUUAAAAUGAACAAAAACGGUAUCUUUUUCGUCUUGCUAUCUAUUUUUCAUAUUGUUUACACCGAUGUAAUACUGGAUACUUGUAACGAGAACAAAUCACCAAUGGUGAAAUUAAAAAGGUCUCUCCUGUGCGAAUAUGAUUCCAGUGUAAGACCGGUAAAAAAUAAUAAUAAUGUAACGGUUGUGAGUUUCUAUCUGAAGCCGUACUUCUUUGAGUACACUCAUGAAGAUCAAAUCUUCACGUUGCAUGCGUGGAUGUCAAUGAUAUGGAACGAUUCGCAUUUGACAUGGGAGCCUUCACAAAACAAUAACAUUGACUGGAUGCCUAUAUCAAGUUAUCAAAUUUGGGUGCCUGACAUUUUGAUACAUAACGAACGAAUUGGAGAAAGCACAUCGGAUUAUAGUCGUUCAAAAUGUUGGGUCUCACACCAGGGGAUUGUAAAAUGGUUAACAGCAGCCAAAUAUUCCUCAUCUUGCGUCUCAGAUAACACGUGGUGGCCGUACAAUAUCAUGAAUUGCACGAUACAAUUCGGAUCGUGGUCACAUUCUGAUGACGAAGUCAAGCUUUAUUCACAUCGGAAUACGACUACUGUAGAAAUAAAAAACGUCGAAUGGGAUUUAGUGAAACUUUAUAUGACGAGAUGGGAGAAUAAAUAUAAAUAUAACUCGGGUUCAAGUGUUAAAAUGAUUUCCUAUCAUUUUAUUCUGAGGAGUAAUUGGAGCAUCAUAAACAUUAUAUACUUAUCACCUACUAUAGUGCUAAUGGUGAUGACUCUAAUGACAUUAUGGCUAGAACCAAAAUCCUAUGAACGUAUGGUGAUUGCUAAUAUCAAUUUUAUUUGUCAUUUAUUGAGUAUACAAGACGUGCAUUGGGAAAUGCCGAGGAGUGGCUUUAACACUCCUAAAAUGCUGACUUUUUAUGAGGGUUCUCUCGGAAUAGCAACGUUCGCUCUUAUCCUUACCAGUAUCUUGCGAUACUUGCAAGAAGUGACUACCGAGCCACCCGUGUGGAUUUCAGCUAGCACGACGUCCAUUUUGCGCAGCCGAGUUGGUCGGAUUCUUCUAGUCAGCAUCCUAGAUCCGGCCGCGACAGCCAAAAUAGAAAUAGACGUGGACGACAAUACCGACCUCGUGCAAUCGAAUGGCAAAAGGUCGCCAUGGAAAUAUAUUAUAUUGCUAAUAGGAUGGUUAGCAUUUCUAAGCGCAGUUCUCGCUUAUAUUAUACUGUUAAGCACGUGUUAUCCUACAAAGUAUACAAUGACGUACUAACUUUUUAUAAAAAAUAGAUUUCUUCAUAUGAUAUUGUUGAGGAUAUGUAUGAUAAUUUUCUUGUUAAAUGAUAUGAUUAUACGUUCAAAAAAAUAUAAUUAGAAAAAUAUAAUAUUCAUAUAUGUAAGCAUAUUGGAUAUAUAUUGAUAUACAGAUUGAAUCUGAUAUCAAAAGGAUGGUUUUCUCUUUUCUUCUUAUAAAUACCUUUAUUUUGUAAAACAGGUUUGCUUUGGACACUUAUAUUAAUAUCGUUCGUUUUUGUUUAUUCAAUAACAGUGUCAAUUGCAACUUAAUCCUACAUAUAUCUCAUAAUAAAUAGAUAAUUCAGGAAAUAUAGAUAGAACGAAAGUAACUGCCCAAAAAUAUACCUAACAUUUAUAUAUGGCGCCGUUAUGUUCAAUAACUCAUUGUCAUUUCCGAAUGAUACUUAUAUUUAAACUUUCAAUACGAUCUCGCUGAAUUUCACGAUUUUACAGCGAUCAACAUUUCGUUACACUAUGUACACAUCAUGAUUUAGCAUUUCCACCCCAGAAAAAUCUUCAAAAUGUACAAGUAAAAAAAGGUCCAUUAUGAAGAUACAUUAUGUGGUCAACCGUUUCUGUCGUAUACAAUUCAAAAAGAUAUGUGUAUAGAAACGAAUAAAUUCACACGAACG